AUGGCUGAGCAGUCCUGGCGACGGCGAACUAGUCCUGGCGACGGCAAAACGGAGCAGAGAGAAAACGAAGGCGCCGUCGAGCGGAGUGCAAAGGUGGCCGAGGAGAAGCCUUCGCACCCUUACGUCGUAGAGGGUGCCGACGGCCAGUCCAGAAGCGGCUGGCAGUGGAUCUCGGUGUUCCUUGGAUGGGGCCUCUUGCAGAGCGGCAAGACGGUGACGGUGACGGUGACGGGGGCCGAGCUGCAUGAGGAGCCGCGGGCUGGGCCAACAGAGCCGGUGCAGAGUGGAUGGUGUUCCUGCGCGGUAUACGGACGAUCGAAGCUGCAAGGCAAGGGGGACUGGAAGGAUGUGUCUGUAGGAUGUGUUCAGAUACAGAUCAUCAUGGAGGAGGCCGAGUAUCGAGCGGAGUCGCUAGCAGUCAUGGCGAGUGACGAUGAAAAGGUCUAG